UCUUCUCGCCUUUGGCGCCAUUGCUUAGAAUGCCCGAGCGCGGGAAAUUUCAUUCAGUCUGGACCGCGCGAGGUAUGCUGUCGUAUUACUGAGAGUAUAAGCGCAGUUACCGGGCAGCGUUGUCAGACUCCGAGGCCUGGUCUCCCGUCUGUGCCCGGGCUCCUCCGUAGACGCUCCGGCUUGGUGAUCGCUGCUGGUCUCUGUGGCCCCUCACACAAUGGCUGUGUCCCUGCAGAGGAUCCAGGAAGAGCUCGGUCUCUUCGGCGUCGUCGUGGACCUGGAGGAUGAAGACCUGUCAGAGAAGUUGGUGGAACUUUGUUCUGUUCAUCGGUUCAAUGAAGAAAAGUUGGUGGAAGAGUGGAUGGCUUUCACUGCGACCAGGAGUUUACCUCUCACUGUUGGCAAUCUCUGUGCUUUGGAUCAUGAAGUUCUCAGCAGAAAAAAUUCAAAACGUCCAAAUUUGAAAAAAGAAAAACAUUGUGGCAGCCGGGACAUUAACAGCAUUCAGGAGCUUAUUGAGGUGGAGACUGAAGAGGAAAAUCUCCUAGAUUCAUACUCUACUCCUUCAAAAGGAUCCCAAAAACGCAAUUUAUCAACACCAGAGAAUCCACAAUCAAAACGUGUUCCUGCCAUAAAUCGGAGCCCCCAUCUUCUCUUUUCACCAGCCAGCUUCUCACCCAGUGCCACCCCAUCACAGAAGUACAGCUCUCGCUCAAACCGUGGUGAAGUGGUGACCUCUUUCGGAGGAGUACAAGGAACUUCAUGGAGUGGUGGGAAUGGCACACAAACGAAAGUAGAACUCAUAACCCUAGAAGAGGAGGAGUCACUGACCAAAUCAUACAAGUACAUGUUCCAGAAGUUGACGGACAUCAGAGAUGCGGUGGCAAGUAAAAUUGAAGAGCUUGGCGAAGCCCUGAAGAAUUAUUUCCAUAUUGAAGAGUUUACAGCUGUCUCUUUUCCAGCUCAGGAGACUGUCACCGUGCUUGGCCAGAUUGGCUGUGACAGCAAUGGGAAAUUGAACUCUAAAUCUGUCGUUCUUGAGGGAGAUCGGGAGCAUUCAUCAGGAAUGCAGGUUCCAGUGGACUUGUCAGAAUUGAAGGAAUAUUCACUGUUUCCUGGACAGGUUGUAGUAAUGGAAGGGACAAACAGCACUGGAAGAAAAUUUGUUGCUUCAAAACUGUAUGAGGGAGUCCCACUUCCCUUCUAUCAGCCAAACAUUGAUUUUGAAGACUGCCCUCAACAGAUGAUAAUUGCAGCCUGUGGACCGUUCACCACAUCGGACACCAUCACUUAUGAUGCCCUAAAGGAUCUGGUGGAUGUUAUUAAUAGAGACCGUCCAGAUGUCUGCAUUCUGCUUGGCCCCUUUUUGGAUUCGAAACAUGAGCAGGUUGAGAGCUUGCAGCUGACGGUGACGUUUGAAGAGGUGUUUAAAUCUUGCCUGAAAAUGAUCAUUGAAGGAACACGGCCAUCUGGUUCCCAUUUGGUGUUUGUGCCAUCUGUCCGAGAUGUUCACCACGAUCCUGUCUACCCUCAGCCUCCUUUCAGCUGCUAUGAGACCGCUAAGGAAGAUAAACCGAGAGUGCACUUUGUGGCAGAUCCUUGCACCUUGUCUGUCAGUGGUGUAGCAGUGGGAUUUACAUCCACAGACUUGCUCUUUCACAUGGGUGCAGAGGAGAUCAGCAGUGGUAUUGCAGGAGCUCCAGACAGAUUUAGCCGAAUCCUCAAACAUAUCCUGAUUCAGCGGAGCUACUAUCCUUUAUAUCCUCCACAUGAAGAGAUUAACAUUGACUAUGAAGCACAUUAUAACUACGCAAUCAUGCCAGUCACUCCAGAUGUCUUUAUUAUCCCAUCAGAACUCCGCUUUUUCAUCAAGGAUAUCUCCGGCUGCAUCUGCAUUAAUCCAGGCCGUCUAACAAAAGGAAUGGUGGGAGGAACGUACGCCCGAUUUUUGGUGAAGAAGGAGAAGACUGGCACAGCAGAAAGGAAAUCUCCUUGUAUAUCUGCUCAAGUUGUUAAAAUUUAACAUAAAAUACAUCAGAAUAUUUUCAGAAAAUAGAGUUUAUUUUACUAAAACUGACUGGAUAAAUUAUAGGAAUGAAGUAUGUGCAUGGCCAGAAGAGAAGUCUGGUGUCUGACCCUCAAUAUACCAGACCAGGUGACCACAUGAUCGGAACAGAAAAUUGCGUGGGUCUUUGCAAGGGAUGAGAGAACCCGCAUGUCCUCUUCUUCCUGUGUUGUAUUGCAUGCAUGAGCUAUUCCACAUGUUGGCCCAGAGCUAAACGGUACCAGCAGGAGCUUCUCAUAGCGGCUGCUUUCCAUGCAUAGUGGAGGAGAUUUAUUAAGUGCAAGAGGAACAUUUGGCGAUAGAGGCCAGCUAGAAAAACAAAAUCUAGAAUCUCACCUUUUUUUGGCACUAGUUUUGAAAAAUCUCCCAUAAUGUGGGAGCGUUGUGUAUAAAGACUUUCCAAGAAAAAAAUUUGAUAGUCAUAGUGACCCGAAAUCGUCGUCUUUCCUUUCCUAUACACUUGAAUACGGCUUCUUGUAAUUACACCCGUUCACCGCUGCAAUGACGAGCAAGUAAACAAUGAAGUGAAGGCUGCGAUGGCAUGGCACGUGCCUUCUCUUCAACCAGCUGAUCGGCGGGGGUGCUGGGUGUCGAACCCCUGCCAAUCUGAUAACCCAUCCUGAGGAUAGCUCAUCAAUAAAAAUAACUUGGAGAAGCCCUUUAAGGGUACGGCAACACAGUUUUUUUUUGACCGAGGUUUUGAAACAGAUCUGCCUGCAGCUCUAUGUGACCGUACCCUAAGGCUCCCUUAGAUACUAUGGGCUUAAACCACCGUUCCAUGUUCCGGUCAUGUUAUCCGUCUGUAUUUUUUGUGUGUGCCAGGGCCUGACAGUAGGUUUAACUGACCUGAAAUCACAGCAUCCUAGAUAGAAAACUCACAACAUUAUAGGGAUCCGUCGGUGAAACUUGCGGUAAGGCCAUGACGGAUAACAUCACUAGGGAUGCACGGAUAACAUGACUAGGGAUGAGCAAACUUCAAAAUUUGAAGUUUUGGUAUA